ACGUUCGCUGUAAGUGUACUUUUAAGCAAAGUCGAUAAAUGGGCUGUUGGGAGCGGAUUAAAAAUUAUUAGAAGUUAUUAAUGUUGAGCGGCGACGACAACGUUAGCUGAAGAGUCGGUUGGUGGGCGUUCGGUUUUAUACUAUCUUGGAGGCAGUAAGCCAUGUCUGCUGGCAGCUCUGGCAGCCUGAGACACAGCUCAGGCCGUUGUGGCUACGCUCGCUCGCUGAGUGAGAGCAGGUCAUAUGAGGAGCGCUCUGUGGACCCAGUGGAAGACAGGACCCAAACACCAGAGUCAAAGACAGCGCACAAAGCUCACCUGAAGGAUGCAAACGGCAAAGAGUCCGAGGUUGUUGGUUUUAUUUCUGGCUCAGCCGACCCACCUUCUACGGCACAAACCUGUAAUCCAUGCACUUCUCCAGCAAGCUGUAGGACCUUUGUUUGCACUGUGAUGACCUGUGGACUAUACCGGGCCUGCCAGGGUUCUAUUGUUUCUCCAUGUCUGGCACCAAACGAGAGCUCCACCGACGAACCAGAGAAGGUUAGCCUCCAAGCUAGUAAUCCUAAGGACAACAAGAAGGAGGAUGACAGCACAGAUUGGCUAGAGGAUAUCCGCAUAGCAGGAGUCAAAGUUAACCAUCCAAGAGACUACUUAGUUAGUGAAACUGAAACUCCAUCCUAUGUGUCUCAAACUGGUGGUCACGCACAGCCCAGCCGUCUGUCCUUGCAUGAGUCUAUGAGCUUUGACGACUGGGAGGAUGGCGAUGGGGACGUGGACUCUCUAAUUACUAAAAAGCUGUUAGAACUCUACUCCGAGUAUCAGAUUGAAGAGUUGGCCAGGUGCACGUCAGACUCUGUGUUUCUACGAAAGAGCAAGGACAUCAACCAGCUCAUCAACUCGCUGGCAGAGGAGCAUAAAAUGGACGAGCAGGAGGCAGAGUGCCGUCUGGUGCGCGGGAUCAUUCGCAUCAGCACCCGUAAGUCAAAGAAGAGGCCGCCCAUCUCCAAGAUGGAGUGGACGCUGUCGGACAGCGGGAAUGAGACAAUGAAGGAGAGCGUUUCCUCCUCAUUCAGCAACAACAAUGACUACAAAUCCCAUCCAAACAUCCAAAUAUCAGAGCAGACCUCCUCUGACAAGUGUGCCAGAGACAUAUGGAGAAACAAUGGAGGUCAUAAUUCCAUUUCUCCAACUGCCUCCUCUCCCACCGAGACCAACUCUUCAGGUGUCCCAUUAAUUCGCUCCUCUGUGAGAACUUGAGUCCCAUUUGUCUCUGGUGUUCAGAUGCUUGAAUUCGCUUCUCUUGCUGUGACAUAUGUGGCUCGUUGGGAAGGUACAUUACUUGCACAUGAAUCUCCGGCAGCCAAGGCCCUGGCUAUGCUGUGGGAGUAGUAAAUGUGAAAAGUCACAUUGUCUGAAGGACAUCAGUGAACUCAGGGCUCUGUGUGUAGAUAUUUAUGGCUGAUAAAUAUUGUGUGUAUAUUUGAAGAAUUGCUUCAUGAAGAGCUUUUCCUGCAGGCAGAUAGCAUCAGCAGCUCCUAGCUACUGAAUUACAACUAAAUAACCGUCCUAUCGUCCUUGAAGAAGGGAACAAGAGUUUUCUUGGUUAAAAUACUGUUAUGACAAGGAGGAUUAAAUUUCGUUCUACCACAAGGGGCUUUGUGCUACAUUUCAUUUUGUUGUAUUUUGUAUCAUGCAAUUUUGAAUCUAGUUAUCAUACAUCUUUUUAGACCUUUUGUAUAUCUUAUACACUGGAGUUCAGAAAUGAUGAUUUAGUCAUUUUUAUAAUUCGUCGUUUCUAUUGAUGUGAAUAGAACUUGUUGGAAAGAUAAUAUAAAUAAACGAUAAUAUCAAUGCACAACGUAUAUUAAUAUUGGGAAGAGAAAAAUAUAUGUUGUUUUUGCUUAUUCCUUUUGUUUCCAGUUCACCUCGUUGUCUCUAUCUCAUACUUUCAUUCUUUCAUGCUCAUUUUAAUUUACUCUUUUUGUGUAGUGUGUCCUAGCACAAUGUGCUCGGACCACUGUAUUUCAUAUAGGCAUCCUCUGAACAAAACUUGAAAUAAAUAUUUGUCAUCUAAAUAAAUACAUUUGUUAAAUGUAGUAAAUGAAAAUGGUGAACAUUUAAAACUUUUGUCUGUCUGUUGUAAAGUCAAUGCUCGAUAUUCAUAAUAUGAAGUUAGUAACAUGAAGCUGACAGUUAUUAAGCUUUUAAAUGACAGACGUACAAUUGUGUGAGAUUGUGUGAGAGAAGCCAGCCUAAUUGCAGUUUACUAGUGCCCUGAUGGGAAUUGGGCCAGCUGACUAUGGAAUUUACUUCUUAUCAUCAUUUGGUUGCUGUGCUUGACUCAAGUAGUGUCAUUUAAUUUGUGUAGGCCACUAAUGCAGAGAUUGUGGUGGUCUAAAUGUGGCUUCUAACUGUUCAGAUUGCACCUACUGCUCUUAUCUUUGAUUUGCAUGUCCUCUGUCAAUGCAAUGUCCUGUGCAUGUAAAAAAAUAAACUGCCUUUGUCACUGUAA